CCUCUGCCGUGCCCGUGCAGGCGCAGCGGACGAAGCAAGGCACGACCUCGCUUACCCCUUCGCACGGAUCGCCUCUUUUCUACGAUCUUCCUCACUCUUCACCAGCGCCACAACAUCUUCCCUGCUACAAUCUCCCCCCUUUCAUCACGAAUACCUUCGCAGCAAUCAGAAAAUGGACCAGCUCAUGAACGCCGGCAAGCAGUUCCUCGCCAACCAGGGCGGUGGAGACAACCAGCAGCAGCAGCAGCAACAGGGCGGCGGCGGCGGCAACCAGGGCUUCGACAUUGGCUCGGUGCAGUCGCUCAUCUCGAACGCUCAGAACCACGGCAACGGUCAGCAGCAGGACGCUUCACUGUUCAACAGCGCCGCUUCGUUCCUCAAGAACAACCAGGGCAACAUGGACGGCAACAUCGACGAGAACACGCUUCUCCAGCACCACGACAAGGUCCAGAACUCGAACGAGACGGCCCACUCGAGCGAGAUCGGCAACGCUGCUGCGCUGGGCGCCAUCAAGAACGUCCUCGGCGGAUCCGGUGGCGGCGGCCAGGGUGGAGGUGACUUCCAGUCGAAGCUCAUCGGAGCGGCCAUGUCGCAGGCCGGCCAGCUCUUUGACCAGAAGCAGCAGAACGGCCAGGCCUCUGGCGACAAGCAGGACGCCAUGCAGACGGCCGGACAGGCAGUCAUGAAGCUCCUGAUCAAGAACCAGGUCUCGGGCAUGAUCGGCGGCGGCCAAUCGGGUGGCCUCGGCUCGCUGGCAAAGCUGCUCAUGUAGAUCGGCAUCUCAUUGGAAAUGUCAUUCAAGAUGAAGUGACGACAACGAUGUUGAUGGUGUUUAUCUAGGAUGACUCUGAUGAUGGAUGAUGUAGAUUGAAUCUGGUAUUGAUGACAGUAGGGAUGACUAUUUUAUGGUAUGCUCCCAGGCUGCGUCUCAUGUAAGUGGUGUACGAUGGCCUACGUCAGCUUGGUCCACUUUGUGUCCCUCCUCGUCGUCAGAUAGACGUCGGUCUCUGCAUUUGGUCCCCCCACCCAAGCGCCCCUCUGCGUCGGCGACAGGUUGGAGACUCGGUACUUCUGUCCGACGACAAAGGCAUUUUUGCCGCCCUGCAUCUUGUCGACGUCCCAGACAUGCAGAAGCAGGCUCCUCCUGCACGCCGACCUUU